CACUUUCGUUUCUUUCUUUUGCUGUCAACAAUGGCGUCUGCUGAUCUGAAAGCAGAGCUGGAAUGCUCCGUCUGUCUGAACAUUUAUGCAGAUCCUGUAAUGCUGAAGUGUGGACACAAUUUCUGCCAGGAAUGUAUUAAUUGUGUGCUGGAUACACAAGAACGGUCUGGUAGUUAUUCCUGCCCUGAAUGCAGACAGACGCAUCAAGAGCGGCCAGCAUUGCACAAGAACAUGAAGCUGCGUAACAUAGUGGAGAAUUUCUUAUCUUCUCAAUCAGUGCAGGAGGAAUCUGGGGUCUUCUGCUCCAUCCAUCAGAAAAUACUGGAAUAUUACUGCACAGACGAUGAUACCUGUGUCUGUGCUUCCUGCUGUCUCAUUGGAGAACACAAAGGUCAUAAGUUUGAGUCACUGACGGAGGCCUGUGGAAAGAAGAAAAAUAAAAUUAGGAAUGUUCUGCAGAAACUGCUGACAAAGAGAGAAAAGACAGAGGAAAGAGUCCACCGUUUGCAGGAACACAGGGGAAAAAUAGAGAAAACAGCAUCAGGUUACAAAAAGACAGUCACUGAUCUGUUCAGAGACCUCAGGAGACAGCUGAAAGUCCUGGAGGAAAGAAUAAUGAGUGAGAUUUCCAUGCCGGUCAACCAGUUGUCACACCCCAUUAUGGAUUUGAUCCAAGAGCUUGAAUUAAAAAAGAAAGAGCUGUCCAGGAAGGUGCAUCACAUUGAGGAGCUGUGUAACAUGAUGGAUCCACUGACUGUCCUACAGGAAUCAGAUAUCGGUGAUUUGUAUGAUACUGAGGAUGAUGAUAAUAAGGAAAGGGAGACACUUGAUAAACUCCUCCAUGAUGGAGAUCAUCCGACUAUGGCUAGGAUUUCACAGACAUUACAAACAGGUUUAUUUUCUAUAAUGUCUGAGGUAAAUGUGCAGAAACGUACAGGUACACAAUUGUAUUCCUAUUUUAGUACAGAGAACAAAGAUCACAUCAUUGCUACAAUGCCUUCCGGAGUCCCUCAACCAGCCUCAACCGUACAAGGCACACAUGACCAGCCUGGGAGCCCAAGUAUUCAGCCUGUCCUUAAAAUGUUGGGACCAUCGAAGGUUACAGACAUAAUACUGGAUGUAAACACAGCUGGGAAUGAUCUUUGUAUAUCAGAUAACAGAACAAUCGUGUCCUACUCAGUUUUUACCCAUAAAUAUCCAGAAAAAACGGGAAGAUUUCAGUCUGCUCAGGUGUUAAGCACUCAGAGUUUCUCCUCUGGGCAACAUUACUGGGAAGUGGAUGUGGAGAGGUCUAAGGUGUGGAGUGUUGGGAUGUGUUACCCCAGUAUAAACAGGAGUGGGUGUCACUCAGAGAUUGGAUGGAAUAAUAAGUCAUGGGGUUUGCAUAAAUCUUGGCUGAAUAACCAGUAUUCAGUGCUAUAUGAUAGGAAUUGGAUCCAGAUACCCGGAAAGGUCUCUAGUAAUAGAGUCAGGAUAUAUCUAGAUUAUGAAGCUGGGCAGAUCUCCUUCUAUGACCUGUGUGACUCGAUCCAGCACCUCCACACCUUCAAUGCCACCUUCACUGAGCCUCUCCACGCUGUAUUAUGGGUAGGGGGAGGUAGUGUAAAGAUAUGUAGGGGAAAUCAGAUAUGUGAGGAUUUGGACCAGUUAAUGAUAACAUCAUAGGUAAUGUGAUUGGUUUAUUAUUUAGCUUGUAUAACAGCCUCACUAUUUUGCUAAUUUCAUUCUGUCUAGCUGCGGUUUUCCUUUUUAAAAUAUAUGAUAUUAAUUCAA